AUGCAUAUGGCUUCUGGUCCAGCUUACACCUCAAACUACUCUAAGUUUGCUUAGGUGCCAGGUUCUAAUAAUGUCCGGGGUGUAAGGACACAAUCCCGGCUCAGAUAAUUAAACACAUCUUAGUCGUAGCAAUUCCUAGAAAACAAGAUACUUUAGGAUAGGAUGCUCAGAAUGAACCAUGAUAUAAAUCAUACAGGGCUGGGAAAUACUCACAAUCCUAAGCACAUAAGUGAAGUGCUUGCCUCUAGAUAAAGUAGGAAUCAACAGCAUGGAAGUAACUUCUCAUUCAUGAGUCGAAGAAAUAAAAGCAACACUAGCCAGUAGUACUUACAAAUGAAUCCCAAUCAUACUCUAAGAGUAGGCUCUCAUACAGCUAGAGUCUUCGAUUCAUCAAAAAAACCCCAGACGAGUGUAUAAAUUAGAAGAGAUUACUCGCCCUCAAAAGGCUAAAAUGAUCAUUUUAGUAAUCUAAAUACUAAAAAUAUAGCAGCAGAUCUGGAUGAAAAGAUCAAGCAGAAGGAGAACCUUUUCAAUUCACAUUAUAAUACCCAGACUAACUUUUAUCAAGUAAAAAUUUAAGUAUCUUAUUGCUAUUUAGACUCCAGACUAAGGAUUUCAAUCUGCUAGGGAUACAAGCAAUAAGGGCAAGUUGAUGCUACAAAUGCACUUUGA